AUGGGACGAAAACUAAAUGUUUUGAGUUUAGCAAAAAAGGCUGAAAUAAUUAACGAGGCCAAGAAUGGCGUUAGUAUCACAGCUCUAUCCAAAAAAUAUAACACUGCCAAGUCCACAAUUUGUGGAAUUGUGAAAAAUGAAAACAAAAUUUUGGAAUGCGUUAAUAACACGCUAUCGGGCCCUGGAAAACGUAAAACGCUUCGCGCUUCAGAAUUGCCAAAAAUGGAAAAAAAGCUUUACAAGUGGUUCUUAUUACAACGCAGCAAGAAUUAUCCUAUAAAUGGAUUAAUUUUGAAAGAGAAAGCUAAGGAGUUACAUGCCAAAUAUAGCGAGAAUGGCUCAACUUUCUUUGCCAGCGAUGGAUGGCUAAAAAAUUUAAAAAAACGGCAUGGCAUACGAUUGAUUUCAAUCUCAGGGGAAAAACUAUCCUCGCGACCAGAGUUAGUGGAGCCUUUCAAAACUCAGUUCCAAGCUAAAAUUCAGGAGCUUGAACUAUGCCCAGAACAAAUUUAG